GCAGUGACGGCCGCGCGCGGACCGCCAGGGAGCAAUGGGUCUGCUCUCAGAGCUGAAGUUGGCUGUGCCCUGGGGACACAUCGCAGCCAAAGCCUGGGGCUCCCUGAAGGGUCCCCCAGUUCUCUGUCUGCACGGAUGGCUGGACAAUGCCAACUCCUUCAACAGACUCAUCCCUCUUCUCCCGCAAGACUUUUAUUACGUUGCCAUGGAUUUUGGGGGUCAUGGACUCUCAUCCCAUUUGAGUCCAGGUUUCCCAUAUUACUCCCAAGACUUUGUGUGUCAGAUUCGAAGAGUUGCGGCAGCCUUGAAAUGGAAUCGCUUCUCCCUAAUGGGUCACAGUUUUGGGGGCACGGUGGGUGGAAUGUUUUCCUGUAUCUUCCCCGAGAUGGUGGACAAACUCAUCUUGUUGGACUCAGCGCCAUUUGCCCUGGAAACUGAUGAAAUGGAGCACCUGCUGACCUACCGGCGGAAAGCCAUGGAGCACACGCUGCAGGUGGAGGCCGCCACGAAGCCUUCGAGUGUGGUCAGCCCAGAGGAGAUGCUACAGCGGUUCCUGAAGAACAAUCCACACGUGGGUGAGGAGUGUGGGAAACUCCUCCUGGAGAGAGGAACCACCCAGGUGGCCACAGGUCUGAUGCUGAACAGGGACCGGAGAAUCACUUUGCCAGAGCACUGCUUUGACUUCAUCAGCAGGGAGCUGUUUGCGCAUGCCAUCAGGAAGCUGCAGGCCCACGUCCUGCACAUCAAAGCACUCCAAGGGUUUUAUAAUGUGAGAAGAGUGAAUGACAGUGACAAGGAGACCAUGCUUUUUCUAAUUGGCGUGUUGAAAUCUGUCCUAAAAGAGCAGUACCAGUUUGUGGAAGUCCCCGGCAAUCACUACAUCCACAUGAACAAGGCCCACCACGUGGCCCCUAUCAUCAGCGCCUUCUUACAGAGCCAGGAGAGUCCGGGCUCCUAACUCGCAAGCCUGCAGCAAAGCCAGGUGCCCAGGACAGGCAGAGGAUCCGGCAGUCGCAGGAGGUGGCUGAGAUUCUGGGUGACUUCACGGGGCAGGCAGUGCCUGGAUGUGGGAGUUGCUUGUUCUGUGGCUGAUAAUCUGAUGUGAGCUGGCAGUGCUGGCACAGGAGGGCUACAGCCCAGGGACUUCGGUAGUCAGUUGAAAAAUAGAACGUACUGCUUCUGAGGCUGUUUCACUGCCAGCCAGGCUCUUCCAUUGAGGGAAAGGGGAGAAUAUCACAGAUACUUCCAGUUUCCCUCUGACCGAUCCCCGUGCGAGGAGAGGCUCCAGACAAGCUGAGAAUGAGGCCAGGCAAGGGAAGGAGCCGCUUCCUGGGCAGGAGGCUUCCUGAGGGCCACCUCCGCACCCUAGGGAGGCCCUGCCAGCACUGGGCCCCUUGUGCCCGAAGCACAAAAACCAAGGGUGACAGUGUCCUUUGCCCCCAGCCCAUGUGGCCUCAGAGACGGGGCUGUUCAGCCCGGGGGCCCUCAGCACGGUGUCCACUCGCCAGGGCACACCUGCCCAGGGGCGAGCAGCUCAGGCUCUGCCGGGCCUCGUCUGCCCACUGGCCUGGCUCCCCUACUUGUUCCCUCCCCUCUCCCUGGGGCCACAGGCAGGACAGCUCAGUAGGGCCGGAAUUUGCGCUGGGCCCGCAUCAGUUCAAUCCUCUGCUUGUCCUCCUCGAACUUCUUGCGCAAUUGUGCAAGAUCUGCGGGCGUGAGGGAACACACAGGGUCAGCUGAGACAGCACAUCCACUUACAGUGUGAAGUUCGCCCUGCUGCCACCCUGCCGCCCCCCUCAGCACAAGCUUCCCCAUUCCCAGCUCAGGGAGCGUCUUCUCCCCUCUGGCUGUUUUGGGGAAAUACUCCAGGUACUGCAAGGAAACGGAAUUAGACUGCAGACAAGGAGAGGAGGCUGGGAGGCUCUUGUGGGAGAAGACAGCAUGCUUGAGUUCUGAGACAGAAAAUUCACCAGGAAAGGGAAAAAAUACACAGAAAGAAAGAAGCACUUGUUCCCUUACCCAAGAUGAAGGAAGAAGGCUCUGGGGGGGUCCCAGGGGACCUCCCUGGGGCACACAUCCCCACCCCCCAUCCCUACUGCCUCAGCAAUCCCUGGACAAGUCCUCCCUGGAGGACCUUGAAAAAGAGGGAAGAGACCCCAGUCCAGGAGCCCAAGAACCAGGCUGAGGCUCUGGUCACAGAACAACCCAUGUCAGGGGCACUUGGGGGUCCGGAGCCCAGGGAGGCUCAUGAGGAACUGCCUCCAGGUAAGCCCAGGACCUAGAGAGAGGGCACAAGGAGCAGAGGCGAGGACGAG